AUGGCACUGCCAAGUCGGCAGCGCCAAGGCCACGUUGUGGGGCGCUUUCUGUCGCAGCUGCGUGAAGAUCUCUUUGCGUGUCCGAAGGGACGCGUUGUCGCUGGAUGGUCGCGUGAAGGUCGCCGCAAGCGCGUCGAAGGGAUGCGGAGGGAUGCGCAGAUCCCUUCAACCUUUCGCGAUUAA